GAGACAAGGAGAGAGGUAAGAGAGUUAAGAGAGUUAGAGAGUUAGAGAGUGAUCAAAAAAUGAAGGAAACAGUAGCAAUAGUAGUAGGAGCUGGGCCUGCUGGUAUAUCAACUUCUGCUUGUUUAAACCUCCAAUCAAUCCCUCACAUUCUUCUUGAAAGAGAAGAUUGUUAUUGUCCCAUAUGGAAGAAGAAAGCUUAUGAUCGUCUCCAUCUUCACUUACCAAAGCAAUAUUGUGAGCUCCCUCACAUGUCUUUCCCUGAAUCUUACCCAAAAUUUGUACCUAGAAAGCAAUUUGUCCAAUACUUGGAUGAAUAUGUGAGUAACUUUAAGGUGAAUCCGGCAUGUAAUCGAAUCAUCGAGUUGGCGACAUACGAUGAAGUUGAGAAGAAAUGGUGUGUCAAGGUUAGGCACACCAAAACUGAUGAGAUAGAGGAUUUUAGAGCUAAAUUUCUUAUAGUGGCUACUGGCGAAAACAGCGAACCGUUCAUUCCGGAGAUGAAAGGCCUUGAGAGCUUCAAAGGGGAGAUUUUGCAUUCUACUCAAUAUAAAUCUGGGAGUAAGUAUAACAACAAGAAUGUUUUGGUUGUUGGAUGUGGUGACUCUGGGAUGGAAAUUGCUUGUGAUCUAGCAAACUUUGGUGCCAAGACUUCUGUCGUCAUUCGUAGUCCGCUUCACGUUCUGACCCGAUGGAUGGUACAAUUCACGUUGUUUCUGUGGAAGUAUCUUCCCCUUCACUGGGUGGAUUCAUUGAUCGUCGUGCUCAGCAUGUUGUGGUUCGGUGAUAUGAGCAAGUACGGCAUAACAAGGCCCAAUGAAGGUCCUUACUAUAUGAAGGACAAAUAUGGAAAGUACCCAAACAUCGAUGCUGGUGCCAUUAAGAAGAUUAAGGCUGGCGAGAUUCAGGUUUUACCAGGUAUAACUAGCAUCAAUGGUGACGAGGUGUCCUUCACAAAUGGAAAGUCUUAUCAUUUUGAUGUGAUUCUGUUUGCCACUGGCUUUCGUAGAACAACUAAGAAGUGGCUCAAGGGCGAUGAUUACCUUCUGGGAGAUGAUGGGAUUGCAAAACAAAGUUUUCCUAACCAUUGGAAGGGAAAGAAAGGUCUCUACUGUGCCGGAUUGGGAAGGGCCGGUUUGCGAGGAGCUGGCAUGGAUGCCCAAAGCAUAGCUAAUGAUAUCAAGACACUCAAGUGAAGAGGCCACAGCCCAACACAGCCCCUUAGUUUAAGCCUAUAUAAGCUACUUUUAAUGAA